UACUAUAGGCUUACGGGUGUGACAUAUUGCGUUAAAUGUUAGAAGGCUAUGUCACAUCACACACAGUGGGUUUACAUCAUGUAUGUGGUCAGCCGUUUCUUCGUCAAUCCGUGCGGAUGACACGGCCACCAGUCUUUAGGGGAGAUUGUAAAAAGCCUGUCGCUGGGCUGUCAGUGGUAGCAGCUACACUGAAAUAGGCUACUUGAUUGCCCAUAUAGCUGGAAAGAACGUUUAUAUCCAAGCCAGUUAGUCAUGUAGCUCGGAGGUUCUCAAGCUCUUUUGUUAUUCCGCACUCUGCAGAUCGAUGACUGCGGUGUUACACACACUGUUAUUCACAAUUCUUGUGUCCCUCUUGUAUAUAGAUGUACAGUCGUUUGGUUACUUUUUUGGAGGGGUUAUCCUAACAGUGUUGGUUGCUAUGGCAUUUUUAAAUGGACCCAGAUUACUAGACUGGGCGAAUUCACCUCCACAUCUUCAGUUUAACAAAUAUGUCCUAACUGGAUAUCGACCAAUAUCGUCGGUUCAAGACUGCAUUCGAAGUCUUUUUUAUCUGCACAAUGAACUGGGAAAUAUCUACACGCAUGGCAUCCCGCUGCUAUGCUUCCUGGUGCUGCUCCCUCUCAACAUCCCCUGGUCCCAGAUCAGUGUGACGUGGCUGGGUGUGGUGCACUUCCUGGCCUGCCUGUCUCCCCAACUGGGCUCGGUGCUCUACCACCUGUUCAUGAACCACGAGGGCGGUGAGCCCGUCUACCACACGCUCCUCACCCUGGACAUGUGCGGCAUCUGCAUGAUCAACACCCUGGGUGCCCUCCCCAUCGUGUAUAGCACGCUGCUCUGCUACCCGUUCACGCGAACGGUGGCGCUGCUCGUGUACAUCCUGCUGUCCAGUUACGCCAUCUACUGUGCCAUCACGGCACGCAGCAGCGUUCGGCGUCUGCGCUCCUUCGCCUGGCAGGCGCUCUUCCGCUUCUCCUUCUUCCUGCUGCGCUGGGCGGGCGUGGGGGGCGGAAGCCCCACGUCGCUGCGCCACUUCCUCACCAUGGACGCGCUGGCCGUGCUCGGCGGGGUCAUCAACAUCACGCGCAUCCCCGAGCGCUUCCGUCCGGGCCUCUUCGACUACUGGUGCAACAGCCACCAGAUCAUGCACGUGCUGGUGGUGGGCUCCAUCCUCUACCUGCACUGGGGCGUGCUGGACGACCUGCUGUGGAUCAACAGCUACCACUGUCCCUCGGACUGAGCGUGAGCAGGG